AUGAACAUUCGAUGUGCACGGCCUGAAGACCUCAUAAAUACACAACAUGCCAAUCUUAUGUGUCUCCCAGAGAACUAUCAAAUGAAGUAUUACUUCUAUCAUGCGCUCACAUGGCCUCAGCUGUCCUACGUAGCGGAGGAUCAUAAGGUAAGCAAUCGUCUAGUGCAAUGCGGUAAUUGGCCGUCGAAAACAAAGCAAAGAGGUGAAAAGAUUGUGCGUUUAGUUUUGAAAGAUGUAAUUGGUCAGUCAUUAAGGUUAAAGGCUGUUAGUAUCAGAAGUACAAUUAACGUUUACUGUUUGGUAAUAGUCCAUCGUGAUGACAUGUAG